AUGUCUACCAAGCUUGAUAAGUCUUUGGACGAGAUCCUCGUCAACCGUCGUCAGCCGCGCGGUCGCCGCAAUGUUCGCCGCGGCAAGGCUACAAACGCAGCCGUUCCAGUUGGAGGAGUGAGGAAGACCACAAAGGGUGCUAAGCCUGCUGCAAAGGCUGUCCACAGUGGGCACCCUGCGCCGACUGAAAGCAAGAUCAUGGUCAGCGGCUUGCCUUCCGACGUGAAUGAGGCCAGUAUCAAGGAAUACUUCAACAAGUCCGCAGGUCCGGUCAAGAAAGUCAUGCUCACCUACAACCAAAACGGCACCAGCCGUGGAAUCGCUUCAAUCGUCUUCAGGGACCCCGGCACGGGUUCCAAGGCCGCGAAUGAGCUGAAUGGACUUCUCGUCGAUGGACGACCCAUGAAGAUCGAGGUUAUUGUCGACGCCUCGCACGCCCCUACAGUUGCUGCACCCAAGCCUCUGGGUGAUCGUGUCGCUCAGAACAAGCCGCAGCCCAAGCCGGCAACCAACGCGAAGAACGCCAACACCGCCCGAGGUGCACGUGGUGUCAAGCGUGGUCGCGGUGGCAAGGCACGCACCAACCGUCCCAAGCCCAAGACGGCCGAAGAAUUGGACGCCGACAUGGUCGACUACUGGAACGCUCCCAACGAGAACGGCGCUCCGGACGCCAACGCCGGUGCCGCCGCUCCCCAGCAGCCCGCCGGUGGUGAAGACAUCGGCAUGGCUGAGAUUUCGUAA